CAACACACUUUAAGGAAACUACACCCGUGAUACAACAACUUGUUGCUCUUAAAGCUCUUGGCUUGUUUAGGCAUCGUUGCAGGAGAAAGCCUUCCUUCUGACGGGGACCCUCAGUGACCCGUCGGACAGCCGUGAGUGUGGGACUUUUAUGGGCUUCCACACCGACGUCAGGCACCUCGCGUUAUCGUGAAGAUGGCGGAGGCUGCGGAGACACCACAACACCGUUUUUUCUGUCACUGCUGUAAAAGUGAAACAAAGCCCAAACUCCCGGAUUUUGUCUGUCCCAGAUGUGACUCUGACUUCAUUGAGGAGGUGUCAGAAGACUCCAGUCUCCUGCAGAACAGUUCACCAGUGUCCAGUGAAGACUCAAACUCGUUGUUUUCAGAGUUAUGGCAGCUGCUGUUCAUGGAGCGGUCUGCUCUGCUGUCCAAUCCGCCCUCCUCAGAGUCGGACCCAGAUGACAGCGAGCAGGUAUCGUCGGGUCAGAGCUGUCCCUCCCCAGUGAUGCCAAUCGCUGCUGAGGCCGCAGAACCAGAGUCUCCCUCCCCAUCUGAAGAGGAGAGGUCGCCCAGGCCAGACCAAAGGCCAGCAGUGGAAGGGAUUGUGCAACAGUUCUUGACCGGCCUUUUUUCCAACAACGGAAACCCCGGUGCUGCACCAGCUGCCCUAUCUAGUAUGCUACAGUUGCACUCAAACCCUGGAGAUUAUGCGUGGGGUCAAGGAGGUCUUGACGCUGUCAUAACAGAGUUGUUGGGACAGUUGGAGAGCACAGGUCCGCCCCCUGCAGAAAAGGAGAUGAUCUCAUCACUGCCGACAGUUUGCAUCUCUCAAGAACAGACAGACUGCAGACUGGAGUGUCCAGUUUGUAGGGAGGAGUAUACAUCAGGGGAGUCUGUCAGGAAGCUUCCCUGCCUCCAUUUCUUCCACAGUGAAUGUAUAGUGCCUUGGCUCGAGCUGCAUGAUACCUGCCCAGUGUGCAGAAAAAGCCUUGACGGUGUCGACAACAGCCUCCCCCCCACAUCAGAACCCCCAGAAGCACGCUCCAUCAGGACGGAGCAACAAGAGAAGCAGGCCAUCUGAGAAAUGGGCCAAGCUAAUAUUUACUUCAUUUGAUGUUUUCAAGAGACCUAUUUUCAACUGAGACCUUUCCCAGCAAACCGACUGCCUUUAAAUUAAAAAAUCAAAUGCAACACAGUCAUUACUUGUAGCUUCCACUUUCACUUCAAUCAUCUCUGCUAAGGGAUUUGAUGUUUUCUACUUCACAUUUUUUUGGACUUCACACAAACGAUACGUGCAGUGUGCAGGUGUGGAGAUGAUGUGUCCUUCUCUACACUGGCUCAAGAUUCAAGAUAUUUAUUGUCAUAUGCACAGUAAAUACACAGUUACACCAUACAAUGAAAAUCUUACUUUGCUAGUUCACCCUACGCAAGUAAAAUACAGGAAUAUAAAAAUAAAUAAAUACUUAGAAAAAAACAAUAGGCACAUACGUAGCAGCAGUUUAAAAUAUAUUUAAAUAGUAUAUAAAUAGUUGUAUUGCACAUGGUUCACUGCACGGCAGACAACAAGUGCACUAUGCAUUGUUAAGGUAGUGCAAAUGGUGAGUGUCAGUGUGUCUGUGUAGCACUCACAGUGCAAUCAGUGUGUGUGUGUUUUUGUGGGGGGGGGCGGGGGUUAGAAUUGGCUUCGAUCAGCCUGAUGGCCUUGUGGGUAGAAACUGUUUGUCAGUCUCGUGGUCCUGGAUUUCAGACUCCUGUAGCACCUGCCUGAUGGCAGGAGAGUAAAGAGUCUGUGCUGGGGGUGUGUAUGUCCCUGAUGAUGUUGUGUGCUCUCCUGUUGACCCUGGUGGUGUAAAUGUCCUGAAGUGAGGGGAAGGCUUCCUGUCCCAAGCAGUGCAGUUUCCUGAUUUUCAGACCAUCUAUUUCUAUUGUUUAUUUAUGUUUUGAAUAAAAAGGCAGGCAAAAAAAAGAUUAAGUAUUUCCCUGUUACUUUUAAGUAAUUGAAUGUGUUAAAAGAAUUGUAUUGUAUUGAAUUGUAAUUGUUUUGAUUGUAAAAUACUUUUAAUUUAUUGUGCACUGUCAAGAGUGGACAACAUACAGUAUCUGCCUCGGAAUUUUUCAUCAUUAGAGAUGUGCACCAUUAGAGUUGUGGUUUUAUGAAUUACUUUUAAAUAAUGAACUAAACACAGCUGAGCUGCCAGAUGUCAAAAUUAUGAAAAUAGUUAUCAAGUGACACUUUUUCAUCAAGGCCCUUUGGAUGAGUUCUUGCUUAAAUUAUGCAGG